AGCUGGGACUUCUACCCUUGAAGCCCACGUGCCGAGAAUCUGAUGUUGGGCUUGGCUUCGUGGCUGAAAACGGCAAAUCAGCCCAUGAGAACUACCAUUCCUAGCCAAAAGAGCUCCAAUAAAAGUCAGCAUCUUUUCUUUCAAGUCUGGCAGCAAGAAAGAGGACAGGAGGUGGACAUUGUGGAAUCUGAAAACAGAACUGAAAGGUGACAUUUAACUUGAAGAUGGGAGGUGGAGAAAGAUUCAGUGUUCCAUCUGUCCAGUCCAGAAAUGCUACCAAGAGCCAUCAACAACUGAAUAAUAGAAAAAAGAGUAAAGAUCAGAAUUCCCAUAUGAAGAAAAUUCACAAGAAAGAGAGAGGGCAUGGCUGCAACCCAUCAUCUGUAGCAUGGCAGGCCAUGCACAAUGAAGGAAAAACCACAGUGCAUUUCCAAACCAACCAGACUUGGAAUCCAGCUUUAUCCCACUCACUUUUCAUGCCUCAAACCAACCAAAACUAUGCUGGAGCAAAAUUCAGUGAGCCCCCAUCCCCAAGUGUUCUUCCUAAACCACCGAGCCACUGGGUAACUGUAUCAUUUAACCCCGCGGAUAAAGAAAUCAUGACUUUUCAACUUAAGACCUUACUGAAAGUACAGGCUUAAGUUCCAUAGAAAAUGACACUUCAUAGUUUCAGUAUGAGUCCAUGUUGGAGUCCAUAAUUCAAAAAAAAAAAAAAAAAAGCACAGCAUGCAGAACUAAGUCACCAUGUUGGAAAGUAGUUGAAUUGUGUAGGAUGGUGAAAGGUAGCACUCCUUGGAAAUACUCUUAAUUAAAUACUUCACUUUUGGGUGUUACUCUGUAUCCAUUUUUAUGUGCUGCAGAUGCAUUGUUAAAAUAAUUUGAUAGCCUAGACCAAAUCUCAGUCAUUGUUCUCUAUACAAAUUGUAUUAGAUAAUUUUAGUUUUCUUUCUCAGAAAGUGUGCUCGACAGUAUGUCUUUUGGGAUGCAGUAAUACAAGCCAAACCAAUUUCUAAUCACAACGGCAAUGUAAUUGCAAAAUAUGAUUAUUCCCUAUACUGUGAAAUUCUGUAAGUAUUCAAAAUCAGUUUUUGAGCUCUUAGCCCAAAUUGUUGUAAAUUUCUUAAUUUCUUCAAGUAACUCAUUUUUCUAUCAUUGAACUGAUGGGUUGGGCAAGCAAAUAUCCAAAGCCUUGGGACUCGAAAUCCAAAAUUUGGAUUUGAAAUGCCAAUCUAUAUAAAUGCUUGUUUAAUUGCAUGCCAAUUAUUUUCAUUAUUGAUCUAGUUCUUGUACAAUCCUUAUAAUGCAUUGAAGAUUGAUUGAUACCCCCAAAAUGUGCCAACUUGAAUGUUCGUAAUGACUGGUACUGCCAAAAGCUUCUAGUGUCUUUUUUCUUCAGUGAAUUUUAUUAAGCUGUUUUUGAUACGCAUUCUGUGUUUUGCAUCAUUUCCUGAAACUGAAUUGCUAAGGCCAGUGUGUAAUAGGGCAAUCUAUUAUGUAAACUUGUUUAAAGAAUUUGACAAUUGUACAAACAUCUUUUAUGGAGGGAAGGAAGAGCCAUGUAAAUAAAUGUAAAACUUGUAGCAUAUGUAAAUUUAUUGUAGGCUUUCCUGCCAAAAAGAACUAUUUUUAGUACAAAACUGCUGAAUGUAAACAAGUCCAUGUUAAAUACAUGGCAUUUUUAUAAAAAAAAUUGCUAAAAAAAAAACUUUAAAAGCACAUAUCGAUGCCAUUGCACUUGAGUAUCAGUGAAAGAAUGUGCUCAGCCUGCGUCUGUUUAGAUGAUAAUUUGGAUUUAACUUGGUAGAAAGUACCAUUUAAAAAAGUAAAUGUUUUUUUGAAGGGCGCAGUCCAGUCCAGAGAAAAAAAUCUUGAUAAUUCAGUAAAUGAUUAUGCACUCUUUAGAUUUCAGUCCUAAUAUACUUUAUUGAAAACUGUUUUAUUCAGGUGUGUUUGGGACUGGGCUGUAAGGUUGCAUUUUCAGUGAAACCUCAACUGCAUACUAUAACUGUUGCAUACAGUUGUAAUGUACCCUCUGAUGGUUGCUUUCAUUUUGGAUAUAUAAAGUACUUUUAGCAGAAAAACAAAAGUAUUAGAAGUUCCAGUGUCCAAAAUGCCAAAACCCCAUCUUGUAUUUGUCAAAAUAUAUAAUAAAGCGUUUUUACAAGUGUUUGUUUUUAAACUAUGUAUUAAAUAUUGUAGCACUUUU